CAUAGAUAGAGCUGUCCACUCUCCCAGCAUGCCUCGAUACAGGUGUUACAAAAGUUGUGUCCACAUGAAGUGGUGAUUGGGUCAUUGAGCACCAACAGACAUACAUGGCAACUGAAGGAAGUCAUGACUUUCUCCCUUAGUCUUUGUCCUGGAUUGAUGUUAUUUGAAUGGAAUAUGUGUGUUGAUGAAGUUUACUCCUUCAUCGUGCGCUGUUGUUACAACCACGUUCUGUGACAGUUUUGGAGUGAAAACCAGACUGAUUCUUUGGGACUUAUUUGGGAUCCAGGCACAGCCCCCAGUGGUCCAUCUCUAUCUAGGACCACAGUGCGCUUUGUGACUUACUAGUGACAGAUCCUGCCAUAACCACUGUCACCCAUGUUGCGUGUGUUUAUUCUAUGCGCCCAGAAUGUGCUGACGCAUGAUGAGGACAUUAGCGAUGCCUACUGCACCGUCACUUAUGAAGGGACAAAAAAGAAGACCAAAGUCAUCAAAAAUAAUGUCAAUCCUGUCUGGAAUGAGGGUUUUGAGUGGGACUUAAAGGGUGUUCCUUUAGAUUCUGGAGCAGAGCUUCAUGUUGUGGUCAAGGACCAUGAGAAAAUGGGCAGGAAUAGGUUUCUGGGUGAGUGUCGAAUAGCUCUUCGAGAUGUCCUCCACUCUCCCAACCUGGCUGCUUCUUUCACUGUGUCCCUGGUUGACACCAAAAGGAACAGCACAGGGGCCACAGUAACCCUGCAGGUUUCUUACAUACCUCCUCCAGGGAUGGCUCCUAUCUUCCAGCCUCCUCCACAGCCAGAGGCUGUGCACACUCCAGUGGAGCUGGACACAGUUACAGUUUUCUCAUUGGACACUAUGGGUGAGGAGGACACUGAGAGCAUGCUGAUGAUGGAGGUGGUGGAAGAGCCUGAACCUGUUCCAGGGCCCCAGGGUCAGGACACUGGGGCCCCUACGGCACCACCCAAAAAGGCUCCGCCAAACUUUAACCAUGGCCUUAAAAAAAAGAAACGGCAGAGCAACAAAUCCCCCCUGUCCGACAAAGCCCAGGACCUCCAGGUACGGCUGCGCAUCAUUGAGGGAAGGCAGCUCCCUGGUGUCAACAUUAAACCAGUUGUCAAGGUCACGGUUGGAGGACAGACAAAGAGAACGCGCAUCAGGAAGGGCAAUAAUCCCUUUUUUGAUGAGACUUUCUUUCUAAACUUCUUUGAGAAACCUUCAGACCUUUUUGAUGAGCCUAUAUUUAUAACCGUAUUUGACUCCAAGUCCCUACGGAAAGAUUCUGUCAUUGGAGAAUUCAAGCUGGAUGUUGGCAUGGUGUAUAAUGAACACCGACAUGCUAUUCUCAGGAAAUGGUUGUUGCUGGCAGAUCCUGAUGAUCUUUCUUCAGGGGCCAGAGGUUAUUUAAAGGUCAGCAUGUGUGUGCUGGCUGCAGGUGAUGAACCUCCGAUGGAUAAGAAAGAGGGUCUGGAAGAAAAGGAGGAUAUAGAGGGGAACCUGUUGAGACCGGCUGGUCUUACACUGACAGGAGCCACGUUUACUCUCAGAGUGUACAGGGCAGAAGACCUGCCUCAGAUGGAUGAUGCUUUUAUGGAUGGUGUCAAGCACUUGUUUGGAUUUGAAACUAAUCGAAAGAACCUGGUCGAUCCAUUUGUGGAGAUCAGUUUCGCGGGAAAAACGAUCAAUAGCAAGAUUCUGGAGAAAAACGCCAACCCUCAGUGGAACCAGAGCCUCACUCUGCCUAUCAGGUUCCCAUCCAUGUGUGAAAAGCUGAGGUUACGUAUUUUAGAUUGGGAUAGAGCCAGUCACAAUGAUGUCAUUGGCACUACUCACUUAUGUAUUUCCAAAAUCUCAGCCCCUGGUGGAGAAAUUGAAGAUGAGUUUCCUCCCCGGACCUUCCAUGGCAUCAUGGAUGACAGUAUAGGUUUUCUUCCGACCUUUGGCCCCUGCUAUGUCAACAUGUAUGGGAGCCCCCGAGAGUUCACAGCUUUCUCAGACCCACAUGAAGCACUAAACUUUGGAAAGGGAGAGGGUGUGGCCUAUCGUGGACGUCUACUUUUGGAGGUCAUUACAAAGCUGUCUGAUCAGGUGGAUCAAAAGACUGACGACAUACACCCUGAUGACCUGCUGGUGGUUGAGAAAUUCAUGCGGAAGAGGAAGUUCUCCCUGUUUGCUGCCUUCUACUCGGCCACUCUUCUUCAGGAUGUGGAUGAUGCAGUUCAGUUUGAAGUCAGUAUUGGUAACUACGGCAACAAGUUUGACAACACCUGUCUGCCUUUGGCCUCCACCACUCAGUUCAGCAGGGCCGUGUUUGAUGGUUGCCAUUACUACUACCUGCCAUGGGGAAAUGUGAAACCUGUGGUGGUCUUAUCUUCAGAGUGGGAGGAUAUCGGCCCUCGCAUAGAAGCCCUAAACAUGCUACUCAGCAUAGUCGACCGACUGGAGUCAAACCUGGAGCAGGUUCAGCUGACGCUCAAAGCAAGUAGUGACGAACAGGAUUUGGAGCAGAAUGUUAUCCAGCUGCUUGAUGAUGUCAUAGCUGACUGCAGUGAGGAGCUCCCUGAGUUAAAUAAAUGGCCCUGUGUGACUGCACUGGAUAAAGCUCUGAGGAAUCUGCGCAAGAUUAACAUGCAGCAGAUAGUGCAGGCCGCCCUUGCGCUCAAACAUGGACCAGAGACUGAACUGAGUGCAGUGCUGGAGCAGGCGGAAGACUGGAUCCAGAGACUACGCCAGCUCUCUGAGGAGCCCCAAAACAGUCUGCCAGAUAUAAUAAUCUGGAUGCUUCAGGGAGACAGACGAGUGGCCUACCACAGGAUCCCUGCCCAUCAAGUUCUCUUUUCCCACGGUUACUGUGGAAAGCAUUGUGGCCAACUUCAGACCGUUUUCAUGAAGUAUCCGCAGGAAGACGGGGGAUAUAGUAAAAUCCCAGCUCAGCUCAGGGUCAAGGUGUGGUUCGGACUGACUGCUGAUGUCAAAUCUUUUAACCAGUUUGCUGAGGGCAAACUCUCUGUGUUUGCAGAAACGUAUGAAAACCAGACUAAAUUGGCCCUGGUGGGGAGCUGGGGUACGACGGGUUUGACAUUCCCCAAGUUCAGUGAUGUGACUGGCAGAAUCAAACUCCCAAAAGAGAGCUUUAAACCUGCUCCAGGAUGGAGCUGGGCGGGAGAGUGGUACGUCAGCCCAGAGAAAACACUGCUGUAUGACACUGAUGCGGGUCAUAUGACGUUUUUGGAAGAGGUGUUUGAAAAUCAGUUGCGUUUGCCAGGAGGACAGUGGAUUGGCAUGCCGGAGGGGUACACAGAUGUGAAUGGAGAAAAGGCCGUGCCUAAAGACGAGAUCGAGUGUCCCCCUGGCUGGGUGUGGGAGGAUAUUGAGUGGAGCGAGGAUCUGAAGCGUGCAGUGGAUGAUCAAGGGUGGGAAUAUGGAAUAACCCUCCCUCCAGACCGCCGACCAAAGUCCUGGGUUCCAUCCGAGAAGAUGUACCACACCAACCGCCGGAGACGCUGGAUCCGGCUCCGCCGUAGAGAUAUGCAGAAAAUGGAGGCGCUCAGAAAACAGCGUCCGGACGAGUCGGAGCGUGAGGGCUGGGAAUAUGCCUCUUUAUUUGGCUGGAAGUUUCAUCUUAAACAGAGGAAGACUGACUCCUUCCGUCGCCGGCGCUGGAGGUGUCGUAUGGAGCCGUUAGAAAAGACGGGGCCGGCGGCCAUCUUUUCCUUGGAGUGUUCGCUGAGCAGUGUUACUGAUGAAAAAAAUGACGAUAAGUCAGUUACAACAACCUUUGGUGUCAACCGCCCAACCGUCUCCUGUUUCUUCGAUAAUGGGACCCUGUAUCAUUUGCGAUGUUACUUGUAUCAGGCCAGAGACCUGCUGGCAAUGGAUAAGGACAGUUUCUCAGAUCCCUAUGCCAUCGUGUCCUUCCUGCAUCAGAGCCAGAAGACAGUGACUGUUCGGAACACGCUCAAUCCCACCUGGGAUCAGACCCUCAUCUUUUAUGAAGUGGAAAUAUUUGGAGACCAUCUUGUGACGGAGAGGAACCCUCCACAAAUUGUGGUGGAACUGUACGAUCAGGACACCUAUGGUGCUGAUGAAUUUAUGGGCCGUUGUGUUUGCCAACCCUCAAUGGUGUCGUCCCCUCGCCUCGCCUGGUAUCCCAUCCAGAAAUCUGGAAAGCCUGCUGGAGAACUGCUUGCUGCUUUCGAGCUGAUCCGCAGAGAUAAACCUGCAGUUCAUCACAUCCCCGGUCAAGAGGGGGAUAUUAUACCACCCUCACAUAUCAUGGAUGAGCUUGUGCUUCCAGGGUUCCUCUCAGACAGUCAUCAGCAAUGGCCAGAGGACUCUGAUUUGCCUUAUCCACCUCCGCAGAGGGAACCUAACGUCUACAUGGUGCCGCAGGGGAUAAAACCUGUCCUACAACGCACUGCUAUUGAGAUACUGGCGUGGGGUUUGCGUAACCUGAAAAGUUUCCAGCUGGCCAGCGUGACAUCUCCCAGUCUUCAGGUGGAAUGUGGCGGACAUGUGGUUCAGUCGUGUGUCAUCAGAAAUGCUAAGAAGAACCCCAACUUUGACGUCAACACCCUGUUCAUUGAUGUCCGACUGCCCAAGGAAGAGCUCUACAUGCCCCCGUUGGUGAUUAAGGUCAUAGACAACCGUCAGUUUGGCAGGAAGCCUGUAGUGGGCCAGUGCACAGUCCACUCACUGAAUGAGUUCCGCUGCCAGACAGAGAGCCUGGACAGAGACCCAGCAGAAGAAGAAUUUGAGGCAAUUGCUCACACACCUAGAGAUGAAGUUCUUGUUGACAUUGAUGAUAAGGAGCCUCUCAUUCCUGGACAGGCAGACGGCACCAGCUCUGCCAUUAUUAACAUCUCGCCUUCUCAGUCCAGCCUCCAUCAGGAUGAAUUUAUGGACUGGUGGAGCAAGUUUUAUGCCUCCACGGGUGAGAGGAACAAGUGUGGCAGUUAUCUGGAGAAGGGCUUCGAUACUCUGCAGGUGUAUGACAAGGAACUGGAGAAGGUUGAAGACUUUGAGCAGUUGGCUGAUUUCUGCCAAACGUUUAAACUUCUCCGUGGAAGAGCCCAGAACGAGAGUGAAGACCCUUCUGUUGUUGGAGAGUUCAAGGGCUCGUUUAAGAUCUAUCCACUGCCUGACGAUCCCUCGAUGCCCGUACCCCCACGCCAGUUCCGCAAACUGCCCCCGAACGGUAUAGAGGAGUGCCUGGUACGCGUCUACAUCAUUCAGGCCUAUGGCUUACAGCCCAAAGAUGCCAAUGGCAAGUGUGACCCCUAUGUUAAGAUCACACUUGGCAAGAAAUCAGUCGAUGACCACGACAGUUACAUACCCUGUACUUUGGACCCCGUCUUUGGAAAGAUGUUUGAGCUGACAUGCUCCCUGCCUCUUGAGAAGGACCUAAAGAUCAUGCUGUAUGAUUAUGACAUGAUCACUAAAGAUGAGAAAAUUGGAGAGACCAUCAUUGAUUUGGAGAAUCGCUUCUUGUCGCGUCACGGUGCUCGCUGUGGCCUGCCACAGUCCUACUGUUUGUCUGGAGUUAACCAAUGGAGAGAUCAGCUGAAACCAUCCCAGCUACUUCAUCGUCUGUGCGAGAGGCGAAACUACAAACUUCCCGUCUACAAGCAGGAUAGAAUCUACUUCAGAGGACAGGAGUACACAGUUGCAGACCUUGAUGAAGGGAAACCUCUUAAUCCUCACCUGGGACCAGUGAUGGAGCGUCUAGCUCUGUUGGUGUUGAGGAGGCAGGAACUGAUACCUGAACAUGUAGAGACGCGACCCCUCUACAGCCCCCUACAGCCAGAUAUAGAACAGGGGCGGUUGCAGAUGUGGGUGGACAUUUUCCCAAAAUCUUUAGGCCCACCAGGACCUCCGUUUAACAUCACGCCACGCAAAGCUAAAAAGUUCUUCCUGCGCUGUAUAAUAUGGAACACAAGAGAUGUUAUCUUGGAUGAUGUCAGCGUUACUGGGGAGAAGAUGAGUGACAUUUAUGUGAAAGGCUGGAUGCAAGGCCACGAAGAGAACAAGCAGAAAACAGACGUGCAUUAUCGAUCACUGGGCGGUGAAGGCAACUUUAAUUGGCGGUUCCUCUUCCCCUUCCACUAUUUACCUGCAGAACAGCUCUGCACCAUUGAUAAAAAGGAGCAUUUUUGGAGUCUGGAUAAAGUUGAAACAAAACUGUCUCCUAAACUUACUAUCCAGAUCUGGGACAAUGACAAGUUCUCCUUUGAUGAUUUCCUCGGCUCUUUGGAGAUGGAUCUGAACCAUAUGCUGAGUCCAGCAAAGUCUCCAGAGAAGUGCGGUCUUGAGAUGUUUUCUCAGUCCCAGGACAAACUGGUGUCUUUGUUUGAGCAGAAGACAGUGAAAGGCUGGUGGCCUUGCGUGUGUGACAGAGAAAAUGAAAAGAUACUUGCAGGAAAGGUGGAAAUGUCACUGGAAAUCAUCUCUGAGCAGGAGCAGGAUGAGAGGCCUGCAGGACUCGGCAGAGAUGAACCCAACAUGAAUCCCCAUCUAGAUGAGCCACAGCGUCCUGAGACCUCAUUCUUAUGGUUCUCAUCCCCAUAUAAGACGUUUAAGUUCAUUGUGUGGAGAAGGUUUAAGUGGCUUAUUCUGGGCUUCUUUGUACUCUUUUUCAUUAUUCUCUUCCUUGGAGUCUUUCUCUACGCCUUCCCUAACUAUGCUGCUAUGAAGAUGGUUGGACCCUUCAGUGGAGUGGGAAAAGGAACACAGUGAGACUCUUAUGAGAAAAAGGACAUAAACCCUCACAUCCAUGACCAACCACACCAAAACUCCAUCCACACAUCUCUGUCCAUCCUACUGGAGACAUCUGCGUUGCUUGUGCACAUGUCCUUGUAGCUAACAAGCUAAGAGAAAACCGAAGACAGGCUGAGAGUAUUUGAAGUCUUUAUGUGUGCGUUAGCCUGUUCUAGUCCUAUAUGCAUGAAAGUUGCAUAACGUCUGUGUGUGUUUGUACAUGUAUUACACGCCGAGCUCGCUGCCCCGUAUCUGACCCGGUCCUGAACUCUCUCAGUAUUCUCUUUAACUCCCACUUACACUUUCAUCUCCCUGCCCGUUUAAUCCUUUUUCAUGUCUCCUGUAAAACUGGGUUCUUUCUUCACAGCCAGAUGCUUCUUUCUUCUUCCUUCACGCAGAGAGAGGGAGACCGAGCCGCGUCGCACCACCUCCCAUCCAUUCGUUCCUCUCCUUUCAACAGCACUGGCUCUUUAGGUUAAACCCUGAUUUGUACCGUAAGGCUGUAAGAUCCGAGACAGGCCGGUUAUUAGCUGAGCCCCCGCUGUCAGCAAGCCCACCUCUCUGAUUACUAUCACACUCUGUUAUUUUGCUUUUGCGAAAUCCCCACUAAAUGGAUUCGGGGUCAACUGUGGGUUGGCAAUGUGUGUGAAUGUAUGUAUGUCUGUGGAAUGUGGGCUGCGAAAUGAGAAUGAGAGAUAAAAGACUUGUUUAUUUGUGUAAAUGUUACACUUACGCCCUGGUGCCUUUGUGCCUUUUUGCAUUUGACUUGUAAAGUAUGAAAAUGAACAGGCGCAUCUGGAAGAAUUUGCCAGACUUCUAAACAUGCCUGUGAAAGAGCUGUUACAUGAUAAAAUACACAAUUACUUGUUUUCUGUCCAUGACUAGGUUAUUACCUAGUUCCUCUUUUACCUAGUUCAGUGAGUGAAAACUAUUCUGGAGUCGCAUUUAGAGAAACUGGAAUCAUCUGUUGUUCACUCUGUAUGCUCACAAUACAUUUAUCUGAUGGAGCUUCUCUAUGAACAAGAAAUGUCAAGAGAUCUGAGUUAAUCUGACCUAAUCUGCAGGAUAUCCAAAAGUGUUUACAUUUUAGUUUUAAAAAAUGAGGGCAAAAGUAGUAAAAAGGGAUUUGAUGUUUGCAUAAAGUAACUGAUUUGACAGUUAAAAGGAUGCAUUCCUAUCUCUGUUACAGAAAGAAAAAUAUGAGUGAUUAUGUUUUUGUUUCAUUGUUGCUAUUUUCUGCACAUCUGUGCAUGGAUCUACAAUAUCACUGAUUUAUGAAAGGAAAGUGAAUAUGAGAAAAACCAAAAAGCCUUGCCUAAGCGAUCUCUUGCCAAAUAUUGUACAGUAUCUAGCUGAAUAACUGGAUUUAUGCAAAACACAAAUCCCAAUGCUGAGUAUCUGUGACUCUAUUGUCAUCCAUAUACAAGUUUCUUAAUUUGACAAUCAAAAUGGGUAUUUCUGUUUUUGAACUUCUGAAUGGUUUUUGCACUCUUUACUGUAAUGAUGCACGUCGUCUAAUUGCCUUAAAGCUUCUGCUGAAUUCACUGUGUUAAAUUGACUGCAUUUGUAUCUCACUGUGUAAUAUGCUAUGGUCAAAUAUAUACCUAUAUAUACAAUUCUGUAUAUAUUUAUCUUUUCA